UUAAUUUAAAUUUUGAAAAAUUAGUUUUAGUAAGUUGGUAACUGCCAACAUUCAAAUGUCAUUUUGACAGAUCUCGGAUUUGACAGUUUGGUGUCCUAACAAUAUCAAAAAGUUGUCUUACCAAGAUGCCACCAAAAAAGACGUCAGCUCCGAGCAAAAAGACGGAACAGAAAAAGAAGGAGAAAGUGAUUGAGGACAAAACUUUCGGGUUAAAAAACAAAAAAGGGGCCAAACAGCAGAAGUUUAUUCAGCAAGUAGAGAAACAAGUUAAAACUGGAGGCCACCAUCCACUGGGUACAGAUGCUAAGAAAUUGGAAAAGGACAAGAAGUUGAAGGAGCAGAAGGAGUUGGCUAUGCUCUUUAAGCCUGUGCAAGGACAGAAAAUUGAAAAGGGUGCUGAUCCAAAAUCCAUUGUCUGUGCAUUCUUCAAGCAAGGCCAAUGUACUAAAGGUGAUAAAUGUAAAUUUUCCCAUGAUUUGACUAUUGAAAGGAAGGCUGAAAAGCGUUCCAUGUAUUUCGAUAUGAGAGAUGAUGAUGAGAAAAAUGAAACUAUGGAAAAUUGGGAUGAAGCUAAGCUGAAGGAAGUCAUUGAGAAGAAGCAUGGGAAAGAUAAGAAGAUGCCAACUACAGAUAUUAUCUGUAAACAUUUCUUGGAAGCUGUUGAAAAAUCAAAAUAUGGCUGGUUCUGGACAUGUCCAUCUGGUGGUAAUUGUUUUUACAGACAUGCUUUACCUGCUGGUUUUGUUUUGAAGAAAGACAAAAAGAAGGAUGACAAGAAGAGUGACAUUUCUUUAGAAGAUUUGAUUGAAAAGGAAAGGGCUGCUCUGGGGGUUAACCAAACCAAGAUCACUUUAAUAACCUUCAUUGCAUGGAAGAAAAGGAAAAUUCAGGAAAAGAAAGAUGCUGCUAUCAAAGAUGAGGAAAAGAAGAGGAGUGAUUACAAGGCUGGCAGACAAGUUGGUCUAUCUGGUAGGGAAAUGUUCAGUUUCAACCCAGAGUUGGCAGCAGACAAUGACAUGGAGGAUGGUGAUGAAGCCUUUGAUGAUUAUGCAUAUGCUGAUGAAGAUGGAGACCAAAUUGAAUACAAAGAAUUGCAACUUGAUUUAAUGGAAAUGGAAGCAACAGAAGUGGAUGGUUCUGGAACCCUGGCUGCAGAAGACAGAUUGAAAGCUGAGAUUCCUCCAGAACAGACAAAUGGUUCAGUGGAUGAAGCAGCUGCAGCAGUACCUAUUAAUGAGAACCUCUUCCUGGAAGAAGAUUUAGAUGCCCUUGAUGAUGAAUUAAAUGAUUUAGAUCUGGAAGAAUAGAACUGGAUCUUGCCUUCCAGAUCCAUCGGAUUUAAGUUUUUGUUUUUUUACAUAUUCAAGUAAUUUUCUCUUAAAUAGGCUCAAAAAAUUAAUUAAAAAAAAA